CCGAGGCUCCAUAUCGAUUCUAGGGUUUCUUUGCUCAGAGCAAGCGACGGAAGCCGGGGUUAAGAGACCGAGAGAAGCAGCCGAAGAGAUCGAAACUCUGCCGCCAUGGGUCGUAUGCACAGCCGAGGUAAGGGUAUUUCCGCAUCUGCUCUGCCCUACAAGAGAACUCCACCUAGUUGGUUGAAGAUCUCUUCUCAAGAUGUCGAGGAGAACAUUUGCAAGUUUGCAAAGAAGGGUUUGACCCCAUCUCAGAUUGGUGUAAUUCUUCGUGAUUCUCAUGGGAUUGCUCAGGUGAAGAGUGUUACAGGCAGCAAGAUUUUGCGGAUACUGAAAGCCCAUGGUCUUGCUCCCGAAAUUCCUGAAGAUCUGUACCACCUGAUUAAGAAAGCUGUCGCCAUCAGAAAGCAUCUUGAGAGGAACAGGAAAGACAAGGAUUCCAAGUUUAGGUUAAUCUUGGUUGAGAGCAGAAUCCACCGCCUUGCCCGCUAUUACAAGAAGACAAAGAAGCUGCCACCUGUGUGGAAAUAUGAGUCAACCACCGCCAGCACUCUUGUGGCUUAGAGAAGGCUCAGUUAGAACCAGCUUCCCACCCUUCAAUCGACAGUCUCCUAGAUAUGCAGGAUUAAACUUUUUCUGUUACAUGCUAUUAUGCUUUCAAAGAAUUAGUUGACUUAUGGUUUGAAAUUGAGAUACUAAAGAGGGACGAUAUUAUGUUUAAGCCUAUCGGAAUAAUUUAUCUUCAAUUUUUGCUAUUUGAAA